AACGCAUUGCAGUCAACAUGAGUUUGCCACGCCGCGCAGCGCUUAAGCUGCUCAUUGCCAUCAGCUUGCUGGUGCUUUGCAGCGAGGCCGUCUCGCUGAGCAAAUCUCAGGAGAUGCAGCACAUGGAAAUGGAAGCUGUGAACAGCAGCAGCUGGACACCGCCCAUGCCCAGCGAAAGCGGCUCCAGCGAGGACGACGAGGAGGAGGAGGAGUUCAGCAGCGAAGAGGAUCAUCUAAUUGUGCCCAACACAAGGCACCAGGUGGCGCCAGCGCCAGUUCCAGUUCCACUGCAUGUUGUUGAGCAAUUGAACGUUGCCGACUUUCUGGCGCUGCUAACAGCGCCGCAGCUGAAGCAAACGGUGAGCAGCUACUAUCGCCAGUAUCCGGAUGUGCAGCGCGCCUUUAGGUUUCUCAGCUGCGCCUACUGGCUGGACCUGAUGGUGCGCACCGAGAGCAUGCCGGAGGUUUAUGCAUUUACAAGCUAUUUGAAUGCCAGCGGACUGGAUGUGCCGAAGCUUAUCAAGAUUGUGGUGCUGGCGCUGCGGCCGCCGGAGCUGGACCUGCCGGAGCCAGGCAGAGACGGACCCAUACCGCCAGCGGCUAGCGAGAUAGUUGGCACCACCACCACCACCACUACUACGACCACCACCACUUUGGAGCCACCACCCAAUGGCAUUGUCGAGCUGGUCGAGUGCAUAUUGGGCCAGCUGCCCGUUGAGCAGAUGGUGGACAUAUUUUUAGAAAAAAUGGAAAAGGAUCAACAGUUCAACAAACUUGUCGAGAGCUUUGGCAGGCCCGAGUUUUUACAACUUUUACACAAUCUGCAGCAUUCCACACACAUGCGUAAUCUGAGCUAUGUGCUGAUCGCCAAUAAAAUCGACAUAACGGAAAUCGUUAGAUUGAUUAGACAAUAUUUAUCGAUGCUCAGCCUGUGAGUGAACGCAGUGCAAAAUAUAAAAUAUGCCAGGCAGAGCAUAAACUAAACAAUACAAUAAAAUUGGUAGUAA